CAUAACAAUAACUAUUAUACGUCUCACUCACAAAAAUUAAAAAAACAACCCACUCUCCAAAUCAUACAGUUGUAUUUUUCAUUAUAAAAAUUUCGUAAAAUGUCAUCCACCUCCCACUGAGAUCGCAUCUUCAUCUCAUUCUCUCUCUGUCUGUCUGUCUGUCUCUCUCUCUCUCUCUCUCUCUCUCUCUGACUUCCGUUGCCUUCGCUUCCGGGACUCCCCAUCUCUUUAAUGGCUACUUUGAAACCGGCAAAGCCAUACAGACGCCACCCAUUCAACGAAUUUAGGGCUAGGGUUUGCUGCAACAAGAUGGAUGAUACAAAACAAGUGGGGAAGCCACCCAAGUUCAAAGGCAUCAGUCACGAAGUUCAGGAGAUCUUGGAGGCUGACUUAGACGAUGCUCAAGCCAGGCGUCGCGCUCGUGAGGCCUUCAAACAAGUUCAACUCUCAAUUGAUCAUUACUUGUUCAAAUUGCCAUGUGAUGGGGUGAAGAUGAACGAGUCAUAUGAAGUGAACUCUAGAGGCGUGGAAAUUUUCACAAAAAGUUGGCUUCCAAAAACCUGCCCCCCCAAAGCAAUUAUUUAUUACUGUCAUGGUUACGGAGAUACUUGCACAUUCUUGGCUGAAGGAAUUGCCAGGAAGUUAGUAUUUUCUGGAUAUGGAGUUUUUGCGAUGGAUUAUCCAGGAUUUGGUCUUUCAGAAGGUCUUCAUGGAUAUAUUCCAAGCUUUGAUAUCCUGGUUGAUGAUGUCAUUGAGCAGUACUCAAAAACCAAAGAGAACCCUGAGUUUGGCAGUCUCCCAAGAUUCCUGUUCGGACAGUCAAUGGGUGGAGCUGUAGUUUUGAAGGUCCAUCUGAAACAGCCACAUGCGUGGAAUGGAGCCAUUCUCGUUGCACCUAUGUGCAAAAUUGCAGAUGACAUGGUUCCACCACGGUUAUUGACACAAAUCCUUAUUGGUGUAGCUAAAUUUCUUCCAAAGCAGAAGCUAGUUCCUCAAAAAGACUUAGCUGAGUUGGCAUUCAGAGACUUGCAUAAGAGAGAACUGGCAGCCUAUAAUGUCGUUGCUUACAAGCAUAAACCACGUUUGCAGACUGCCGUAGAGCUUCUAAGAACCACCCAAGAGAUAGAACGUCGUUUAGAAGAAGUCUCUCUGCCACUAUUGAUUCUGCAUGGGGAGGCUGAUAUUGUGACUGAUGUAUCAGUGAGCAAGUCUUUGUGUGAGAAGGCCAGCAGUUCAGACAAGAAACUAAACUUAUAUAAAGAAGCUUAUCAUUCCCUCCUUGAUGGCGAACCAGAUGAUAUGAUAAUUCGCGUAUUUGAUGAUAUUAUUUCUUGGCUUGAUGAGCGCUGCGUAAAAACUACUGAUUGUUGAUGGCAGACAGUUGAUCCUCUUGUUCAUGUACCCAUCAUGGAAAGAAAAACAUAAAGAAAAAAUAGAGAAUGAAUGGAAUGGAAAAGGAAGUAAAAAAAAGAAAGAAAAUGAAAAAAGAAAAGAAAAAAAAGAGGUGGAUAUUGCAUAUAAAAUCAUUUUGUGCAUUGCAUCUGAACUAUGAACUAUGUAUUUGAAUUUUGAAACAGAAAAGUUAAUUUACAAAAUAGGUUCGAAGAUAUUUUAUUUGUCAA